AGGCAGCUGGACCGGCGGCAGCAGUCGGUGCUGUCCCAUCAUCAGAUCACACCCAACGGGGCCGCAGCGCACCGCUCCUCCGGCCGAACACCAUGACACCCGGAUCCAGGACCGCAGCCUGAGCCGCGCCGAGGACCGAACCCCCGGAGGACCGCGGGCACACGCACACAGCCGCGCGUACACGCACGCAGGAAGGCACGCACGCUCACGCGCGGGUCAGCGACGCCGAAGAUCGCAGCGACCCACCGGCAGAUUGACGGAGGGAGCCGCGGAGCUGCCGCUGCGGAGACGCGUCCCGCCACAGAAUCCGGUCCGCGCGAGUCAUUUCACGCCCACGCAGAUUUUAAAACAUGUCAUCUUCGGGGAAGGACGCCAACAGCGGGCAUUACGCCAACUAUGUGGGACCGUACCGGCUGGAGAAGACGCUGGGAAAAGGACAGACAGGUCUGGUGAAGCUGGGUCUCCACUGUGUCACAGGUCAAAAGGUCGCCAUAAAGAUCGUCAACAGAGAAAAGCUCAGCGAGUCUGUUCUAAUGAAGGUGGAGCGAGAGAUCGCCAUCCUGAAACUCAUCGAGCAUCCUCACGUCCUGAAGCUGCACGACGUCUACGAAAACAAGAAAUACCUGUACCUGGUGCUGGAACACGUGUCUGGAGGGGAGCUGUUCGACUACCUGGUGAAGAAAGGCCGGCUGACGCCAAAGGAAGCCCGGAAGUUCUUCAGGCAGAUCAUCUCGGCGCUGGACUUCUGCCACAGCCACUCCAUCUGCCACAGAGAUCUGAAGCCAGAGAACUUGUUGUUAGAUGAGAAGAACAACAUCAGAAUAGCCGACUUCGGCAUGGCGUCUCUGCAGGUCGGGGACAGUCUGCUGGAGACCAGCUGUGGAUCUCCGCACUACGCCUGCCCGGAGGUCAUCAGGGGAGAGAAAUACGACGGGAGGAAAGCAGACGCAUGGAGCUGCGGAGUCAUCCUGUUUGCACUUUUAGUGGGCGCGCUGCCGUUCGACGACGACAACCUGAGGAACCUCCUGGAGAAGGUGAAGCUGGGAGUUUUCCACAUGCCGCACUUCAUCCCUCCGGACUGCCAGAACCUCCUGCGGGGGAUGAUCGAGGUGGACGCCGCCAAGCGCCUGACGCUAGAGCAGAUCCAGAAGCACACGUGGUACCUAGCUGGGAAAAACGAGCCGGAGCCGGAGCAGCCGGUUCCCAGGAAGGUGUCCAUCAGGAUGCUGGGCGCGCCGGAGGAGAUCGACCCGGACGUCCUGGAGAGCAUGCACUCCCUGGGCUGCUUCAGGGACAAGGACAAGCUGGCCAAAGACCUGCUGUCUGAGGAAGACAACCAGGAGAAGAUGAUCUACUUCCUGCUGCUGGACCGGAAGGAGAGAUACCCGAGCCACGAGGACCAGAACCUGCCGCCGCGCAGCGAGAUCGCAGAUCCUCCCAGGAAGCGCGUGGACUCGCCCAUGCUGAGCCGCCACGGCAAGCGGCGACCAGAGAGGAAGUCCAUGGAGGUUCUGACCGUCACAGAGGGGGGGUCGCCCGUCCCGGUGCGGCGAGCCAUCGACAUGGCAACCCACGGUCAGAGCAAAUCUGUUUUCAGUAAAAGCUUGGAUAUCACAAACGCUAACUGCAGCAAGGAGGAAAGGUCGCGGUCGAUCAGCGGAGCGUCCUCCGGUCUGUCCACCAGCCCCCUCAGCAGUCCCAGGGUAACCCCCCACCCCUCUCCCAGGGGGAGCCCCCUCCCCACCCCGAAGGGCACGCCGGUGCACACGCCCAAGGACAGCCCGGCCGGCACGCCGAGCCCCACGCCGCCGCCGAGCCCGUCCAUCGGCGGGAUGCCCUGGAGGACGCGCCUCAACUCCAUCAAGAACAGCUUCCUGGGCUCGCCGCGCUUCCACCGCCGGAAAAUGCAAGUUCCCACCCAGGAGGACAUGUCCAGCCUGACCCCAGACUCGUCUCCAGAGCUGGCUAAGAAGUCGUGGUUUGGGAACUUCAUCAACCUGGAGAAAGAGGAGCAGAUCUUCAUCGUGAUCCGGGACAAACCUCUGAGCUCCAUCAAGGCCGACAUCGUUCACGCCUUCCUGUCUAUCCCCAGCCUGAGCCACAGCGUCAUUUCUCAGACCAGCUUCAGGGCCGAGUACAAAUCCACGGCCGGUCCCACGGUUUUCCAGAAGCCGGUCAAGUUCCAGGUGGACAUCACCUACACGGAGAGCAGCGGCGCCACCAAGGAGAACGGCAUCUACUCCGUCACCUUCACCCUGCUGUCAGGUCCAAGUCGGCGUUUCAAGCGCGUGGUGGAAACCAUCCAGGCGCAGCUGCUCAGCUCCAACGACCAGCCGGGCAUCCAGCCGCAGAUAUCCGACGCCUCCCAGCGCUCAGCCAGUAAAUCCUCCAAACGCGGCAGCCCGUUGAGUAACUUCUUUGACGUAAUUAAACAGCUUUUUUCAGACGAGAAGAACAUCCAGGCGUCGCACUCCCCAGGCGCCCCUACCUCGACUAGUUCCCCCACCAAGCAUGCCCCCGGCAGCAGGCCCAGCCAGACCCCGCCCAAUGACUCUAAAUGCCCCCCAGGCAAAGACAAAACAAAGAUGGCCGCCAGCAACAGGACACAGGAGCACCCUUAAGGAGCAGUAGCUGUGCAUGACUAGAUGAGAAGCAGGAAUCAGGUCAUUAAGAAGCAGAGAGCUGCUAACUUUGCCCUUUAGCUCCGAGUGAAAGUUAAAAAAUAAAAUCUACUUUUUGCCUAUAAAUUUUGUACUGUAUAAUGGGAAUGGCUCAGUUUAAAAGUCGAUCAGUAUUUUAAGAACUAGUAGCAAAUGUAGCUUUGCUGUCCCUCCCUUGUGUCCCUCUGUGUCCUCCUCACAUGUGUGAUGGCUUGACUUGUCUCUGCCACCAGGGAUCAUCCAUAAUAGCUAUUAACCUCGACGGCUCCUCAGCUGCAGCCCGCUCACGGCCCGCCGCCACCGAACCGAGCCCGACGCUGAGGGAAAGGCGGAGCAUCCCUUUUUGAUUCGCCCAACAUUACCAAACGCAGACCAUCUCAGAAGAGUUUAAAAAGGAAAAAAAGGCCUUAAGACAGUGAUGUUUGUCCUCCUCUUCAUCCUUUUUCUUCCAGUUUUCCCCACAUGUACAUACAAAAAACUACGAAACUGACUCCUUUAUGGGAUUUCCUGACUUGAAUCGGUGGCAGACGGAGGGACGGACUCUGCUUUCUUUUAAACGUUGAGUUUUUUGUGACUGAUUCUGGCAAACCAGGACAGUACAGGAGGUUCUGUGAUGCUCUAAAGAUGAAUGAUCUCUUUUGUUGUACAGGCCAGUUGAUGAUCUGUGUUGUGACAUUAGGUUGAUUCAGUUGAUUUGUAUUUAAGUUCAGGUGUGGUCACACCAGAAAGGGAUUGAUCCGUUAGCCGUUUACCUGGCAUUCUUUCUCCUAAACCUCGUUUAUUUAAGUUCUCCAAGUUUGAUGAGAUGCAGAAACUUAAAAUGAACAAUUUGUUGGAUGCAAAGUUUACAUUUACCCACUUUAGCUCAUCUUCAGUACUUCAAGUGGCUGUCGUUAGCAUAGCUAUUGUUAGCAUAGCUGUCGUUAGCUAUGCUAAGCCGUCGCUGCUCAGUCACAUGCUAAUGACAGCCUGUCGUUUGUUUACGACCGAUAGAUACUGCACCAUUAAUUUGAAAAACUUUUCUUCUUCUUUAUUUACAAACAAUGAUUUUACUGAUUAUAGAAGAGAAAUGAAAAUUUCAAAGAUUUUUUUAAAAACUCGAUUUAUAAAACUUGAGCCUAGAACUGCAAGGCUUACCUUUAGAGAAACAUUACAGAAAACAUCCUUGAUGCUAGCGCCACCUUCUGGUCCAAUUAUUAAAGUAGAAAAGGUGCCAUUCUGGGGCCUUAUUGGCUGUUUGACACAACACACAUACAUAAAAGCACCAGAUGGAUUUUUGUUCUCAUGGGUUUUCUGUUUAAAGCAGAUUAUUUUUUGCAGCUGGCGCCCUCUGCUGUUGGUCUAGCAGAUUACAACUCUAAAGUUUAUGUAAUUAUUUGUACAGUUUUUAAUUUAUUUUGGUUUUCACCGGUUCUGGUGUGACCACGUUGUUAGUAAAUCGUCUUUCUGUUAUGUUGCACUUUCGACAGCACUUCAGUUACAUUAAAGUGAUUUUUUUUUUUUUUUUACAUUUUGUUAUUCAGGUUAUUUUUUGUAAUAUCUGCAGGUUUCAGACAAUAUUGAACUGCACUGAAUAUUUUUCUAUUUUAAUGCAUUUUUUCAUGCGCUAUUUAUCAGUUAUUUAUAUCAAAGAUGUAGAGAAUGUUCCUGAAAUUGAUUAUUUAAAAAUAUUUUUCUCAUGCUUAAUUUAUUUUUCUUUUCCCUUUUUGUUGUUUUUUGAUGAGAGAAACUUUGUAAUAUAUGUUUGAAACUAAUUUGUUGUAUUUAAGAAUGUAGAUUUAGCCUCUUUGGGAGGAAACCCCCUCUGUUGGGCCAAUGAAGACUCAAACAUCCAUCGUGUAAAUAAGCAGUUUUCCUGACAAGCUUAUUUUAAAAACCAGGGGGAUUCCUGUUCUUAGCUUUGACCUUUGACCUCGUACGGUUGUUUGCAUGUUCAGCAUUCGUCUUUUCUUUGCAUGUCGCUGUUGAAAUGUUCACCCGUUCCCUUUUUCUGUCUAGGUUUUUAUGCAUUUUUUUAAUCUGAGCUUUUUCAUUCAUUUUACCUUCAGAUGUUAUUUUUUAUAUUCGUUCUUUUGCCAGCCGCCUCCUUCCUCCCCUUUAUAUUUGACUACUGUAAGCACACAGUAAACAUGCAAAGCAUCCUAACCACUCAUGUUUCUCGGAGACGGACUCGGUUCAGAGGAAACCUAAAGCAAUACCUCCCAUCUUCGCUUUUUCUACUGCGGGAAUCCAGAGCACACUGACCGGACUCGGAGCAGGAGAACCACUGGCAGCGUUUUCCCUUGUGAUGUUACUGUGAACAAAUUCAGUGCUAAAGGAAUAAAUCUGUUGACUUUG